AUGCCUAAUGAGCAACAAGAGUCUGGUGAGAGAGUGAGUGUAGGUGCUAUUGGCAGCAUAGAGAAAUUUAUUCCGGAAACUGAUCAAGAUUUUGAGGAUUAUUUGGAGAGAAUGGGACACUUCUUCGAGUUAAACAACAUUACAGAGGAUAAGAGGAAAAAAUCUGCCUUUAUCACUUUGGCAGGGCCAAUAUGCUUGAAGAAACUGAAAGCAGCUAUUCAGCCAGCCUUAAUCUCAUCAAAAACGUACAAAGAAAUCACCGAAGUACUCAAGAACAUGUUUGCACCUAAGCGCAGUGUGAUGGCAGAGAGAUUUAAGUUCUAUGACAGAAGACAGAAGGAGGACGAAAACAUUUCUGAAUUUAUGGCGGAGCUGCAAAUAUUAGCGCAGAAUUGUAAAUUCGAUUCAUUCCUCCAGAGCGCUCUUCGGGAUAAAUUGGUAUGCGGAUUGAGAGACAAGCGUAUCCAAGCAAGACUUCUGGACCACGACAGGGAUUUUGAUGAAAGUCUUAAAUUGGCUUUGAGUAUGGAGUUGGCGCAGAAAAAUGUCGAACUCAUGCAGCCUUCCACUUCGACCAUUGGGAGAGUAGGACAGAGGUCCUAUCGUGAUAACAGAAGAUUCAGAAAUCGUCAGCAGAAUUAUCGACGUGAUGAAAAAAAUUCUUCAGAGAAAGUAAAAAAAUCAACGAGAAAGAGAAGCAAAUCUCCUAUUAAAUGCUUCAAAUGUGGAGAAUGGUCAUAUCAUAUGGCAGCUGAUUGUCCCGCUGGGAAGAAAAGUAAGAGAGAGAGGGAGGUAAAGCUCAUCGAGUCGGAGUACAGCAGCACUGAGUCAGAAGAGGAUCUGGAAAAACAAGUUCACGCAAUGAGAUUGGGAGCGCUAUUGAAAGAGUCAUCUCUAGCUGGACAAAGCGACAAGAGGGGUACCGUAAGUAGCACCGAAACCGUGAGUACUAUAAAGUCCAAAAAUGCAACAAUAAGUAGUAUUGAGACGGAUGACCCAGAGUAUAUAGAGUGUGUGGUGUCACAGAAAAAAAUAAUUAUGGAGAUAGAUUGUGGUGCGUGUAUUUCAAUUUUGCACUAUGAGGACUAUUUGAAUAAAUUCAGUUCUCUCAAGUUAAAGCCGUAUAGAGUAUCGGUUAAGGUAGUUACAGGGGAACCAGUGGAAAUAGUGGGAAAAAUUCGUGUGUCAGUGCAGGUAAAUUAUAAAAAUGGGGCUCAGAAAAUCUUUAAAAAAUUGCCAUUGGUUGUGGUGAAUUCUGUUAAGAAGUUUGUUCCAUUGUGCGGAAGAAAUUGGCUUACUAGUAUUUUUCCCGAUUGGCGUGUGGGUUUCCAGCACAAAAACAUUCUACCAAUUGGUGCGAUACAGAUGAGUGUCACAAAUAAUUCAUCUUCGGUGAUAGAUGAAUAUAAAGAGGUAUUCAAUGGCGCCGAUAAUUCCCCAAUACGAGUUUUUUCUGCAAAUAUUGUGUUAAAAGAAAAUGCAACACCAAUUUUUCAUAAGCCGUACACCAUUGCUUUUGGACUGAGAGAAGAAGUUCAUAAUGAACUUAUGCGUUUAGUGCGUGAAGGUAUUUUGAUACCAGUAAAAUUUUCACGGUGGGCUUCUCCUCUAGUGUGCGUGAAAAAAAAGAAUGGGAAAUUGCGGUUAUGUGUGGAUUGCAAAUCCACCAUAAAUCGUUUCGUGACAUUAGAGCAUCAUCCGUUACCUCGAGUUGAUGAGUGUUUUUUACCCUUGAAGGGUUGCGUCGAAUUUUGUAAAAUUGAUUUGGCCGGAGCUUAUCAGCAGGUUUUAGUUGCACCAGAGUCACGUGAGUUGUUAACUAUUAACACUCCAUGGGGUUUAUUCCAGUACACUCGUUUAAUUUUCGGAUUAAACUCCAGUCCAGCAAUUUUCCAGAGUAUUAUGGAGCAAAUUUUGCAGGGGAUUCCUCAAGUAACUUGUUAUUUGGAUGAUAUCCUAAUUGGGGGGAAAGAUAAGGAGGAUUGUGAGAGAAUUUUAAAAAGAGUACUUGAACGAUUGAGGGAGUACAAUGUGAAAGCAAAUUUAAGUAAAUGUGUUUUUUUCCAGACGGAGUUAGAGUAUUUGGGACACAUUAUUUGUAAAGAUGGAGUUAAGCCCGUGAAAUUCAAGUUAGAAGUUAUUCGAAAUGCAAAAACACCCACAAAUUUGACAGAGUUGAAAUCAUACAUUGGCCUUUUAACUUAUUAUGGUCGUUUUAUUGAAAAUCUUUCGAUUAAAUUAGAGCCUUUUUACGAACUACUGCGUAAAGAUGUACCAUUUGUGUGGACUGAGACUCACGCGCGUGUCUUCAGAGAGAGUAAGACUUGGCUCACGGAGGAAUCACUCUUAACGCACUAUAGCAGUGAUUUACCACUAGUAAUAAGUGUGGACGCCUCGGGCGUGGGAGUGGGAGCCGUCCUAUCGCACGUGAUAAACGGGAAAGAGUAUCCCGUCAUGUUUGCGUCGAGUACUUUGUCACCUGCAGAGAAAAACUAUUCCAUUGUGGACAGAGAAGCGCUGAGUCUAGUCUUCGCAGUGAAAACCUUUCACAAGUACAUCUACGGACGCAGUGUUACAGUGUAUACUGAUCAUGCUUGUCUCAGAGAACUUUUCGGGAAAAUGAAUCGUCAUAAUGCUAUUGCAACCGCGAGAGUGGCCCGCUGGGCCAUACUAUUGGGAAUGUAUGAUCUCAAAAUUAUUUAUAAAAAGGGGAAAUUGAACUCCAAUGCAGAUUUCUUAUCCAGAUUUCCAGAUAAUAUUGCGACUAACGUGUCAGAUAAUUGUUUAAAUUUCAUUGAGAUUGCUGGAGAACUUCCUAUUUCGGAACAAGUAGUUCGGGAACACUCAGCCGCUGACGAAUUGAUUCAAAAGGUUAUUCGUUGUUUAAAAUUGGGGUUUCCUAAAGUUUGUGAAGACAGGCUUAAGCCUUUUCAAAGGGUACGUCACGGCUUGAGUGUCUCCAACAAUAUUCUUUAUGUAGGGCAUAGAAUUGUCAUUCCAGAAAAAUUGAGAAAUAGAGUAUUGAAAUUACUUCAUUCGGGACAUGAGGGCGUAGUGCGAAUCAAAUCGGUCGCAAGAGGGUGCUGUUGGUGGCCAAAGAUUGACCAAGACAUUGAGGUCACCGUAAGAUUCUGUGAAACGUGUCAAAGGUGGGCAGAUAAACCCGGGAAAAAAAAUUUAACAUCAUGGGAAAAAUCUGAGAAGCCAUUCUUCCGUGUACACAUGGAUUUCUUCUAUCUAGAUGGUAAAACUUUCUUAGUGAUGGUGGAUGAAUUUUCAAGGUUCUUUCAUGUAGAACAAAUGCAUAAAACUAACGCAUUGUCUUUGAUUGGAUGUUUGAGAAGAAUAUUCACUAUUUUUGGGUUACCUGCGAAGAUUGUGAGUGAUAAUGGACCACCAUUUGGCUCUGUAGAGUUAAAAUCCUUCUGUAAAGCAAAUGCAAUUGAACAUAUUACCGCACCUCCAUAUCACCCCGCCUCAAAUGGGUUAGCUGAAAGGGCAGUUAAAACAGUUAAAUCGGGACUUAAGAAAUUAUCCAAAGAUAAAGACUUCAAACAAUUGGCCAUUGAUUUCCAAAUUCACCAUUUUCUUUUCAGGUACAACAACAUGCCAACAGCAGUAGAUGGGGUUUCGCCGAUGUCCAGACUGCUCAGUUAUACUCCAAGAACCCUCUACCGGAUUAUGAAUCCGAAGAUGAUUGAAGUUCCAAGAAAAAGGGGGGAAGAGCGGAGUAAAGCCGAGGAUAUGGAUGGAUUCACUGAUGACGACACUGGCAAAAGACAAAGGACAAUGAUACAGGAAAAGACGAAGAGCUGUGGAUUCGGGCCUGGCGACCAAAUCUUAUAUUUCUCUGGAGGUUGUUGGAUAAAAGGGGAAGUAGUGAAGCGCAUCUCCAAGGUGGUGUAUCUGCUAGACUUGGAGGGUACAAUCAUCAAGGGACAUCGAGAUCAAAUAAAAAAAUUCUUCAGGCAUUCUUCGGUUAAUCAUAAUAUGAAUGGCCACAAAAAGGGAUCUAACAGUGAUCGAACGUCCAGUAGCUUAGAAACACCACCACCACAUGAUUCAACACUGGACGAUGACGUUUUCUACAGCCCUGAGGACGUCAGUACCCCGCGAACACCACACCCUUAUCGACUUCGAGUAAGAAAUAAAAUUAAUUAUAAGGAAUAAAACUUAACUGGAUGUGCAUGUGAAACUUAUUAGAUAUAUUGGCUCUAAUCAUAAUGAAUUGUAUGGAGUAAAGAAUUGACUACUUAAAUUACCUUACUAAAUGAAUUAUAAUGUAAUUGGGUUUGAAUCUAAGAGGGGGGAAGUGUGGUGUACGGGUGUACCGUAAGUGAUGGCCAUUGUCUGGUCGGGUAUAAAACCCUAUGAUCUUUGUGAACUUGU